AUGGUGGCGAGACUUCGUCUCGGCAGGUUCAACCAAGCCACAAAGGAGACUCACUGGAAAGGCUCCAAGUCAAGGGAAUUAGGCGAUGGCUACAAGCUCAUCUACCAUGGCACAUCAAAUCGCAAUGGCGUUGGUAUCAUAUUGAACGAGUCGUUUAGAAAUAGCGUCACAGCGGUAGAUCGACUAUCCGAUCGCUUGAUGGCUGUAAAAGUAGAUACAGGAGAAGUGGAACUGCGAGUCGUAUCUGCUUAUGCGCCACAGAUAGGCUGUAGUGAAGAAGAGAAGGCUCGCUUUUGGGAAGAUCUUGAGCAGCACGUCCAAUCCCUGGAAGGCGAAGAAGUACUUCUAAUCAGAGGAGACCAACGGACAUGUCGGUUCUCGGAAAGACGGGUUCGAGAGUUGUCAUGGUGGAUACGGUUUUGGAGCUCGCAACGACGAUGGGUUGCAAAUCCUGGACUAGCGGCGAAGAGGGAGGAUAAGAAGGCAGUCUCCAAGGCGAAGUCGGACUGCCACAAGGCUGUGUACGACAUGCUUGAUACCAGAGAAGGGGAGCGGGCAGUGUAUCGUUUAGUCAGAGUGCGACAUCGCUCAACGUUGGAUAUGGAACACACCAAGAUCGUUAAGGGAGCUGAUGGAGCCGUUCUGCGCCGCCCUGGUCAGAUCCUGGAGAGAUGGCGAGAGUACUACAACCACUUGUGUAACGAAGAGUUCUGUCAUCCUCCGAUCUCAACUGUUCCCAGCUUCGAGGGUCCUGUUCUACCAAUUACUGCCGUCGAAGUCAGUGCUGCCCUCGCAAAAAUGAAGUGGAACAAGGUCGAACCGGUCCUGAUGACAUACCUGCUGACGUCUGGAAGCUGCUAG